UCAAAGAGAUAAACAAUAAGCAAAUCCCAGAGUUCAUUGCAAAGAUGUCAGCCUCCAUGAAAGCAAUUUUGCAUCCAAUUUUACAUUAUUUGUUUUUGUUUUUGUCAGUUUACACAUUGAUGCACAGUGUACAUUGUAUAUCAGAGGAUAUAACAGAUUAUUUGCUAUGCCGAAAGUGUGGCCAUGAGAUAGCUAGGGGAACUGAUCUGACUGCUGUGCCUUCUAAGUUAGCACAUAGACAGAGAAAUGAUUCUAUAUCAGGAGUCAAAGAUGUUCUUAUACAGCUGUUUCAAAAUCCACAUGGUUUAUAUUUUGAGGUUGUGACAACACAAGAAGCAGAUGUACAGCCAACAGGAGAGUAUUCAAAUAUACAAACAUGGUUUCUUGAUUACAUGUGGCAGCUAGUGGCAUGUCCUCGAUGUGGCACUCAUUUAGGAUGGUUAUAUUCAUAUGUAGGACUUGAAUCUCAGAAACCUAAAUCAUUUAUUGGUUUAAUUUUACAGAAUUUAUUAGAAGAUAUAGAAUCACAGACCAUUAUACAUAUACCAAAAGCCUAUGGAAGUUGAUGAUAGAAUAAAGAAAAUUAAUGUGAUUGAAACAACAUUUGCAACCAAUUUAUUGAAUAACAUUUUGAUUGUCAUCGAAAAAGACUUCUCAUGUUAACAAAAAGAAAUAGAGCAUCCUUGGUAAGAAAACACAUCCUUGUGGUUCAACAUGGAAUAGAGCAUUGGUGUGACUGAAGGGAAGUGCAAUGGAGAACUUGACAAAUAUCUGAAACUAUAAACCAAAGAAGAUUAGCAAAACUUGAUUAUGCACUGUUAAUUUGGUAUCAUAGACAUUCAUGAAAAAAAGGUCUGUAGUAUUUUCAAAUUCAUCUCAGUUGAAAAUAUCCAUGAAAUAAAUCGAAGUUUACAAAAACAUUAAUAUCUGUUUAGUCUGAGAACAUGAUUUACAAAAUAGGUGAAAUACAAGAACUUAUUGACAAGAUGUAAAAUAAGGAGGGUAUAAAGUGAGACAUUAUAGCUAAUUCUGAUAUCAUAUUUACAGCUUUGAGUCUAGGGUAAUUAUGCAAUUCAAACAUUGUUUCAAUCGGAUUGUACACGUUAAAUAGUACCUAUCAGUGCCAUUUAAAAAACCUGUUAUCAUUUUGAUAAAUGUUCUUUUGUUGUGCUAUGAGAAAUAUGUGUUAAAUAUCAAGUCUGUAAGUGCAAUAUAUUUUUGUUAGAAAUAAAGUUCUGAAUGUUUUUUGAAUAUUGCUGUUAUGGUAAGAUCGUUUUUUGACACAUGCAAAUAUUAAGGUUGAAAUAGCAAUAUGAAUCAUAUAUUGUUUGACGUCUAAAUUUUAGUAUUGGUUCAAAAUGGGGAGAGUUUUGAUCUCUUAAAACUCGUUUAAACCGCCACAUUUUCAUGUCAACCACCUUGACUGUGCUGGUUUUAUGUCAAGUCUUCAUAGAUAUAACAAGACGUGGUAUGAGUGCUAAUUAGACAAUCUCUAUCCAAGUGCCAAUUUAUAAAAGUAAACAAUUAUAGGUCAAAGUAGGGUCUUGGCUCACACCAAACAGCCAGGUAUAAAGGUCUCCAAAAAUUACUAGUGUAAAACCAUUCAAAAGGGAAAAACAGAGGU